AUCCAGUCCCGACCCCGACCUCACGGGAGCCCCGUUGCGCACCCAACUGCUUGCUUGCCUCACAAGUUCUCUCACCCGGCUCCCCGAUCGCCCAGCAUGCCUGGCAGUCAACAAGGCGAGUCGUCGCAUUCCGCCGCCAACCAAGUGCCCAGCAUGUAUGGCAAUCAAGAAGGCCAGUCGUUGCAGUUCGAGGCCAACCAAACGCCCAGCAUACAUAGCAGUCAGCAAGGCGAAUCGUCGCAGUUCGGCGUCAACCAAGCGCCCAACAUAUAUGGCAAUCAGCAAAGCGAAUUGUCGCUUUCCUCCGCCAACCAGGUGCCCAGCAUUUUUGGCGGUCAGCAAGGCGAGUCGUCGCAUUCCGCCGCCAACCAAGCGCCCCUCGAAGCUGCCUCUGCUCAAGGCGGUCAAGAAGGAGCAGAACAUUCAACGGCCAUCGAAUCAAUGAUGACUGUUUUUAAAGGCCUGAUGGCACAUUGCGAAAGAAUACAGACCAACUUGUCCUCGACUGUCUACCGUGACCUGUCCAUAAAAUACAGUACCUUGGUUUCCAGGACUCGGAAGGAACUCAGUCAAGGUCCUGCGCCUCAUCCCAUGCAAAAGACCUUCAUACUGGAAGCUUGUAUACGCAUAGAAUCAAGGUUAUUCCAACUCAUGCAUCGCACGCUUGUCGCCGACGAUGUCGGCAACCCGGUUAUUGGGCGACUACCCGCCCCGCCAUGUCAGCUAGAAUGCAGAAACUCGGUAGCCACGGCACAACAAGUAGUAACGUUAAACCAGGCGUUUCAACUGCCCUGCCGUGGUUGCGUGGCUGAGGGCAUUAUGUGCCAGAGGUCCUUCAUUGAUGAAGCAUGCCCCCCCUGUGCCGGCCGCCACCUACAGUGUUUAACAGACUAUACAACCGACGAGUCUCAGAUGCAGACCAACACCGGUCCACCACCGGUCAUUGACGGUCCUGUGGAUCCGGCUGCGAAUAUCCGAAGAAUGAUGGAAAAUCUCUUCCAAGAACAUCACAAGGUACUCAUCGAUAUGUACCGUUCCAAGGACGCCAAGGACGUCAUGAGUCUAUUAGACCUGCAAAUUGAACUGUCAUCCCUUCGUCCGGCACUGGAGGGGUAUAAUAAUGUUGCUCUUUGGGAGUUUUGGAUACGGAACAUGAGAAAAGUAUGGCUCGAUUGCAACUUAAAGGAGAGCCUCGCCAAAACCCCGACACACCUGGAGAUAGCCACACAGUGGGCUGUGCGCGAAUGUGUCCAAGGACGCCUUUUUAUUUUGAGGUCAGUGGCUCGAGACUCCCCCGAUACUUUCUCGGGUAAAUUUGGUCCGUUCGGACUAUGUCGACACUGCAUCGCGCGCAAUCUGUUCUACUUGGACACGUACUGGUUGGAAGCAGACUGUCCAGAGCAGCGUUUAGAAGUCAGGGAUACGCUAGUGGAAUUGCUGUCCUUCUGUAACCUCAUCGCCGGAUAUAUCUGCUCGGGGCAGUCUUAUCUCGAGUUUUCCCAUCGCGAGUUCCUCCGCGCGAAUCCCUAUAUGAUGUCUCAACAGUUUGCAGAGAUCUAGGACGUGCUGGAAGACUUGUAUGAGAGGAACGUGUUCAUCGAUAUUGCCAUGCAUCUUUGUCGGUUUGAGACUCCAGAGAAACCAUACCACCAACAACAAUUUAACAUGAACCCCACAGCGCUCGUAAAACUCUGGCAGUUAGCGUUGGAUUCGAUGAACCAGCUAAUC